AUCAGCUCUCCGACCGCGUAAGCCUCCGGAUGGAUCCAAAUUAUCUCCAAAGUCAAGUCACCGUCAAAGCCUUACACACAGCGCGUUCACACGUCCGCACACGCUUCCUUGCCCGGAUAUAUAUAUCCCCAUAUUCCACCGGUCUAACCAAAUUCAAAUCAACUCGUGUUCACAUUCUCUUGUUCAGACCUUUCAUCAUACACUUUCUCUCCCUCUCUCUCUGACACUUGGUGAUGGAAAUUAGCUCUUCCCCAUUUCUUAGUCAAGAAGAUUGUUCACAUUUCUACAGUUUGUUCCAAGAUAUGGAGGAGAAUUUCAAUGUGAACGCUAACCCCAAAAAAAGGCAAAGAAAGGACGACGAUGUUAGCGAUAAGGAGGAAACGACGAAGACCGCGUUGAGGGACAUUCUCACUUCGAUCAUCUUGUUGGAUGAGCAGGAGAACCAAGAGCGAGAACAAGAACGGUGGGUCAUGGAGACUCAGCAAGAUAAGUCCCUCUUCGAGGCUAACCACGAGCAAAAGAUUCAAGCUACAACCGAGUAUUAUUCCCAACUCCAAAAUCAUUACGCUGAUGUCGACAAUUUGGACACCGUGAGGACUAAGCGGGCCCGCCGCUCCACUUCCGCAUCCACCGCCGCCGCCGCUGUUGCGGCGGGAAAUGCCGGAUCGAACAGUCCGCCGCAACAGCACCACCGUCGGCUCUGGGUGAAGGACCGGUCCAAGGACUGGUGGGAUCAGCACAACCACCCAGACUUCCCAGACGAAGAAUUUCGCCGCGCGUUUCGUAUGAGCAAGGCCACGUUCAGCAUGAUCUGCGACGAGCUCGAAUCUGUCGUCACGAAGAAGAACACGAUGCUUCGCGACGCUAUCCCUGUUCGCCAACGCGUGGCGGUUUGCGUGUGGAGAUUGGCCACCGGUGAGCCUCUACGGCUCGUGUCGAAGCGGUUCGGGUUGGGUAUAUCAACUUGUCACAAGCUCGUACUUGAAGUUUGCACAGCGAUUCGGAAUGUCCUAAUGCCCAAGUAUGUUCAGUGGCCUGACGAGAACAGAAUGAGGGUGAUUAAGGACGAAUUCAAAUCAGUUUCAGGGAUACCCAACGUUGGUGGGUCGAUGUACACGACCCAUGUUCCUAUCAUCGCGCCGAAGGUGAAUGUGGCUGCUUAUUUCAACAAGAGGCAUACGGAGAGGAACCAAAAGAGCUCUUACUCGAUAACGGUUCAAGGAGUUGUUGAUCCGAAGGGAGUGUUCACCGAUGUUUGCAUUGGUUGGCCCGGUUCGAUGCCCGACGACGAGGUGUUGGAGAACUCUGCUCUGAGCCAGAGGGUCCAGAUGGGGCUCUUGAAGGACGUUUGGGUUGUUGGGAAUUCCGGGUACCCUCUCACCGACUGGGUUUUGGUUCCUUACGCCCACCAGAACCUCACUUGGUGUCAGCACGCUUUCAACGAGAAGACUUUGGAGGUUCAGAAGGUUGCCAAGGAUGCGUUUGCGAGGUUGAAAAGGAGGUGGUCUUGCUUGCAGAAGAGGACAGAGGUGAAACUCCAAGAAUUGCCUAUGGUUCUUGGGGCUUGCUGUGUCCUACACAACAUCUGUGAGAUGAGAAAUGAAGAGAUUGAUCCGGAGCUGAAAUUUGAGCUUUUUGAUGACGAAAUGGUCGCUGAAAAUGGUUUGAGGUCUGCGAGUUCGAUACAGGCUAGAGAUCAGAUUGCUCACGAUUUGUUACACCAUGGGCAGGCAGGCACUCGUUAUAGUUGAUCUGGGUUUGUUAUAGUUGUUCUGGGUUUGUUAUAGUUUUUGUACUCUGAUUUUUGUCAUUCAUUUUUUGGCUAUGGCUUGUUAUAGUCAUAUUCGUACAAUAAGAAUGGGUUUGUGUAAAAUAUAUUUUUGACCCUCUAAUAAUAAAUA